CAGGGAGGUGUUUCCAGUUAUGAACCCCCAGGACAAGCUCAUGCAUGUGUGCACGUAGACACUUACACAUUACUGGUGGAAGUCUUAAGUCCCAACCUGAAAGAAAGGAGGCCUCCCUGAAACAGGGAAGAAUUUACAUCUGAGAAGUUGGGGGAAGAGAUCAAUUGGCAGGGCUCCGCCUGGGCCAUACUUAGUUUUGGCUUCCUCCAUCCUGAUUCCUGAGAGUUUUGUGUUGGCCUGUCAAAACCUGGCUUCAUAUGUUCUCUGCUUUCUCCACCAUAACAGUCUUGCCCCUCCGAACUAUGAGCUUGAAGGGUGGGAUGGUGCUAGACCUUGAUGGAAGCCAAAGACAGCACAGAAGUAACCUUCUUCUAAACUUGACCCUAUUUACAGCGUUUGAGAUUGAUGCUACUCUGUAGAGAUUGCAGCCAAGGCCUAAGCAGCCCAUCUGGUUUGAAAGUGCUGUUAUUCCUAGACACUCUAAAGACUGCUUACUUCAGCCAUUUCCCCCACUUCCAGGGCCUUCAUCCCCAGCCUGCCCUGCCUCUGCAGACACCAGCUUGUUCCUUUUCUGGAAGAUCACAACAGGCCCUAUCUGGCCCUCAAGCAUGGCUGCCCCAAGUAGUUUAGUAAUUGAGCAGGAAUUGAGACUAGGAGAUUGUAGCACAAAUACUCUAGCCCAUCCUGAGACAACAAGACAAAUAGUCUGAAAUCACCUGUAAUUCUGAGUUCUUCACAACGGACAGCAGCUGUCCAAGAUUUUUUUUUAAAAUAAGAAAAAAAAAAAAAAAAAGCAGGAGUUACCUGCCCAGACAGACACAGUUUACUGAGUCUGGAAACUUUACAGCAGAAAGUGGGGUUGGGGAGAAAGUUCUCCCUUGCUACAGUCUGCUACUGCCUUGUUCUUGGUGGGUUUUUUUGUUUUGUUUUUGGUUGUUUUAAAGGGAUCCCUUCCUUGGCAAAAGGAAGAGACUGAAAUGGACUGAAUUACUCCUAUAGACCUGUUGGCUUUGGCCCAUAGAAUUUUAGAAAAAGUUGGGAUUAUGAUACUUAAAAAAUUUGGAAUUUCACACAAAUUCAGAUUCCUCGCUCCUCUGGAAAUAAGCAGUUCAGGAUGGAUAGCAGUGAGUAGAUCUGCAGCUAAGGGCUCACAUGCCCUCAUGGCAAUCACAGCAAGGCCCCAAGCGUUGAAAAUGAUGCCAACUUGGGAUCAUUGGAAGGAGUAAAGGAGAGAGGGAAAGACAUUUGGGGAAUGAAUUUUAAGGCAGGGUUUAAAGUUGGAAGGGUGAAGUUGAAGACCAGAGCAGUGUCCGGUGGAGCAGAAGUGAGGAGGCCUGCCAGAAAGGAGGGAUUAUUAUCUCAUUUUAUGGAAGGCUCAGAAACAACAUGGCCCCUUAACAACCAGUUGAUGGUGAUGCCAGGUUGGACCGCCUGCUUCCCAGUGCACUACGCCCAUGUGCACACACUACAGAUGUCCACCGGAUUCCAGAAUCAGGAGAUUGUGCUGGGCAGACGAUGCUGGACACGAUGGAGGCGCCCGGCCACUCGAGGCAGCUGCUGCUGCAGCUCAACAACCAGCGCACCAAGGGCUUCUUGUGCGACGUGAUCAUCGUGGUGCAGAACGCCCUCUUCCGCGCACACAAGAACGUGCUGGCGGCCAGCAGCGCCUACCUCAAGUCCCUGGUGGUGCAUGACAACCUGCUCAACCUGGACCAUGACAUGGUGAGCCCGGCCGUGUUCCGCCUGGUGCUGGACUUCAUCUACACCGGCCGCCUGGCUGAUGGCGCGGAGGCGGCGGCGGCGGCCGCCGUGGCCCCGGGAGCCGAGCCGAGCCUGGGCGCCGUGCUGGCCGCCGCCAGCUACCUGCAGAUCCCCGACCUCGUGGCGCUGUGCAAGAAGCGCCUCAAGCGCCACGGCAAGUACUGCCACCUGCGGGGCGGCGGCGGUGGCGGCGGCGGCUACGCACCCUACGGGAGGCCGGGCCGGGGCCUGCGGGCUGCCACGCCCGUCAUCCAGGCCUGCUACUCGUCCCCGGCCGGGCCUCCGCCGCCGCCCACCGCUGAGGCGCCGUCGGGCCCCGAGGCCGCGGUGAACACGCACUGCGCCGAGCUGUACGCCUCGGGCCCCGGCCCGGCCGCCGCGCUCUGCGCCCCGGAGCGCCGCUGCUCCCCGCUCUGCGGCCUGGACCUGUCCAAGAAAAGCCCGCCGGGCUCCGCGCCUCCCGAGCGGCCGCCGGGCGAGCGCGAGCUGCCCCCGCGCCCAGACAGCCCUCCCAGCGCCGGCCCCGCAGCCUACAAGGAGCCACCGCUCGCCCUGCCGCCCCUGCCUCCGCUGCCCUUCCAGAAGCUGGAGGAGGCCGGACCGCCUCCGGACCCGUUCCGCGGCGGCGGCGGCGGCAGCCCGGGACCCGAGCCCCCCGGCCGCCCCGACGGGCCCAGCCUCCUCUACCGCUGGAUGAAGCACGAGCCAGGCCUGGGCAGCUACGGCGACGAGCUGGGCCGCGAGCGCGGCUCCCCCAGCGAACGAUGCGAGGAGCGAGGCGGGGACCCGGCCGCCUCGCCCGGGGGUCCUCCGCUCGGCCUGGCGCCGCCGCCGCGCUACCCGGGCAGCUUGGACGGGCCUGGGGCGGGCGGCGACGGCGACGACUACAAGAGCAGCAGCGAGGAGACGGGCAGCAGCGAGGACCCCAGCCCACCCGGCGGCCACCUCGAGGGCUACCCGUGCCCGCACCUGGCCUAUGGCGAGCCCGAGAGCUUCGGCGACAACCUGUACGUGUGCAUCCCGUGCGGAAAGGGCUUCCCCAGCUCGGAGCAGCUGAACGCGCACGUGGAGGCGCACGUGGAGGAGGAGGAGGCGCUGUACGGCAGGGCCGAGGCGGCUGAGGUGGCUGCAGGGGCCGCCGGCCUCGGGCCCCCUUUUGGAGGCGGUGGGGACAAGGUCGCUGGGGCUCCGGGGGGCCUGGGCGAGCUGCUGCGGCCGUACCGCUGCGCGUCGUGCGACAAGAGCUACAAGGACCCGGCCACGCUGCGGCAGCACGAGAAGACGCACUGGCUGACCCGGCCCUAUCCGUGCACCAUCUGCGGGAAGAAGUUCACGCAGCGCGGGACCAUGACGCGCCACAUGCGCAGCCACCUGGGCCUCAAACCCUUCGCGUGCGACGCGUGCGGCAUGCGCUUCACGCGCCAGUACCGCCUCACCGAGCACAUGCGCAUCCACUCGGGCGAGAAGCCCUACGAGUGCCAGGUGUGCGGCGGCAAGUUCGCCCAGCAACGCAACCUCAUCAGCCACAUGAAGAUGCAUGCCGUGGGUGGCGCGGCCGGCGCGGCCGGGGCGCUGGCGGGGCUGGGGGGGCUCCCCGGCGUCCCCGGCCCCGAUGGCAAGGGCAAGCUCGACUUCCCCGAGGGCGUCUUUGCUGUGGCGCGCCUCACGGCUGAACAGCUGAGCCUGAAGCAGCAGGACAAGGCGGCUGCGGCCGAGCUGCUGGCCCAGACCACGCACUUCCUGCACGACCCCAAGGUGGCGCUCGAGAGCCUCUACCCGUUGGCCAAGUUCACUGCGGAGCUGGGCCUCAGCCCCGACAAGGCGGCCGAGGUGCUGAGCCAGGGAGCGCACCUGGCCGCCGGCCCCGACGGCCGGACCAUCGACCGUUUCUCCCCCACCUAGAGCGGUCUUGCCGCCGCGUGGCCCCGGCCCGCGCCCCUAGGCAGCGGCGGCGGUGGCCACCAGCAGGCAGGCACACCGCGCCCGACGACUGUAGUAGCUGCGGCAGCGUCGCCGCAGGGGCGGCGGCCCCACCUGGCCUCACUGCUUUGUGCCUUAGCCCGGGGGUGGGGGUGGGGAGAAAACCCCGGGACGGGGGUGGGAUGGGGGAAGGGAGAUUUAUAUUUUUGAUAUCAGCUUUGACCAAAGGAGACCCCCGGCCCUUCUCCGCCUCUUCCUGUGGUUCGUUGGCCCCCUCCCCCGGCUCCGUGCUGCUCUUGGGGGAAGGGGUGUCACUGUUGGGGCGCUCCCAGCCCUACCUCCGGCCCUUGCGACCACACCCAUUCUCACUGUGAAUCUCCCCGCUGGGGUCGGAGCGUCGGGCAGAGUUGGGGAGCGGGGAGGGGACUGAGCCGGCCGGAGGGCCCCCCUCCCCCUCCCCCGCCCGCCCCGGGACUGAUAAUGUGAAGUUCCUCAUUUUGCACAAGUGGCACUAGCCCCAGGGCUAACCUUUCCCUCCCUCUGGAGUCAGAGGGCUGAGACAGCCCUGGCCUACCCGGUCUCCCACUCCCGCGGUGGUCCCCCCCUCCCUUCCCUGGGGCCCCGGACCAUAUUUAUUGCAUGCGCCCUGGGCGGCCCCCCCAACCCCGAGCCCAGGCUGGGCUGGGCUGGAACGUGGUCUCUUUAGCUCCCUCCUCCUCGUUUGUAUAUUUCCUACCUUGUACACAGGCUCUUCCAGAGCCGCUUCCAUUUUCUAUACUCGAACCAAACAGCAAUAAAGCAGUAACCAAGGA